AUGACUCGCGGAGAGCCCAUCGUCAUAUCCGACUCCGAUUCGGAUACGCUUAGCGAGUCCGAGCGACCGAGGGUGCAAGAAACAUCGCAGACGAAAUCGAAAGCUGCGUCGACGUCGAGACCGCCUGCUCCGCAACUUGCAAAGGAACCACCCGCAGCUGAAGAACCUACCGCCUCAACAUCGCAUGAAGCACUGUCGGAAAGCGGACCUUACACCAACGCGGCGACUUCGGCGACGGGUCUGCUGAGCCUGCUCCCAGACCGUCGCCAGCUCGAGCUCGAGCGUAAGGAGCGCGCUCGCAAGAGGAAGCAGCAGCAGAAUUUACCGAGCACUUCCAGCGAUGAGGAAGAGGCUGAGACAAGCGCCAAGCGCACAAAGCAAAUUGAAACGCACGCAGAUAGUCGAGCGAAACCAGCGCUCUGGUCAGAGGAAGCCAGAGCAACGAAUGAAGCGCAACCCACUCCGCAGCCGAUGGGCAUCCGAACUGCUCCUGCCACCCCAAGUAGCUCUGGCUCGAAGUUCUCUCGCGCCACAGACCCAAUCAAGCCUCAAAGCCGCUUUUGGAGAGGCACUAUCAAGCAUGGCUUCAACGCAUACGCCGACAAGGCCGCCUCGGGCGUCACAAUCUCGCAGAUGUUGCUUCCGGCAACGGCAUCCAGCCGUCACGGCUUACAGCUCGCUGUGCUAGCGACCUACGAUCUUCGCAUGGACUGGCUCUACUCUCUCUUUCCGAAGGGCCUUCCUGUCACUUUGAUCCUCCCACCGCCGAAGGAGGACUAUCGUACCGAUCCCUCGGUAGCGCGGCCAGGUCUGCAUCGCAGCGAGAUCUUUGGCGACUUUGCCCGGUGUCCAGGAUGGCAGAUCUGCGUCCCAAGCAAGCCCAAGGGAGGAUGGCUCACACAGCACAUGAAGUUCCUCAUCCUGGUCCACCCAGACUUUCUGCGUGUUGCGAUUCUUUCGGGCAACUUGAACGGGAUCGACUGGGAAAGGAUCGAGAACACCGCAUACAUCCAGGACUUCCCGCUCAACACAGACACCGCAAAGGCAGCCACACCUGCUCACGGCUCGAGCCAGGGCCGCACCAAUGAUUUCAAGGCGCAACUUGUGCGUAUCUUGCGCUCGCUCGGUAUGCCAAGCUCGCACCCGGUCUAUGCUGCUCUUGAUCGUCACGACUUCUCGCAGGCGACACGUGCUCGAAUCGUCGCCAGCUGGCCCGAAGCGUCGAACCUCGCUGAGUGGGACCGCAUGGAGACACAGGGCCUCGGCAGGCUCGGCAAGGUCGUUCGAGACCUCGGAAUCCAGCCCAAGCGGUCAGGAUCGCUGCAGCUAGAAUGUCAGGGCUCGUCACUGGCGAACCACGACAUCAAGUGGAUUGAGCACUUCCAUCUGCUCGCAUCUGGUUUCAAUCCACGCGGCCUGCUUCCCUUCAAGGGCAAGACGAACGACCCGCACCCGGAAUAUUUCAAAGCAGCCGGCAGCAAGUCAGGAUCACUGCCACCCAUCAAGAUCUGCUUUCCAAGUCAGAGGUACGUCGAGGAAACAACGGUCGAAGGGCCACUCGGAGCAAUGAGCUUUUUCGGCAAGGCAGAAACGUUUGCAGCAUCACCUAUCAAGAAGCUUUACUUUAGCCCUCAGAGCCGCAGAGGCGACGUCAUGAUUCAUGCCAAGUCGAUCCUGGCGCUCACUACAAAAGGGGCAGAGCUGGUCAACAAAGCCUUUCACGACGCUUCGGAGGCACAGCUCACCAGGGGUACCAAUGCGCUCGUUGAACUCCCCGAGAACACGAGCUGGUCGCCAAAUGAAGAAGAGCGACCUAUCGGAUGGACGUACAUGGGCAGCUCCAACUUCACACGCGCUGCAAACGGCAACAUCAGCGGGACCGCGGCGAAGCCGACCAUGAGCACACUCAAUUGGGAGCUUGGCGUGGUGUUGCCUAUCUACGCUUCAGAGGUUGAGCGCUUCGGUGUGGAAGCAGAGUCGCUCCGUCCGAUCGUCUACCAUCGACCGCUUCAGCAGUACAGCUCGUCAGACACGCCGUGGGACAACUUUGCAAAGGUCGCUGUUCGCUUCUGGUUCGACUCGAACACGCUUCAAAAGCAAAGUAUAUCUCGAAGCUCAACCAACACAGCAUUGCCCAGCAUGCCGCCGAAGGGAAAGGACAAGGGAGGGGGAGGUAGCAAGACGGCGGUGGACAAGACGUUCGGUAUGAAGAACAAGAAGGGAGGCAAGGCGCAGAAGGCGGUGGCGCAGAUCCAGCAGCAGCAAAAGAUGGCGGGCAAAACCAAAGAGCAGCUUGCCAAGGAGAAGAAGAAGGAGGACGACAAGAAGGCGGCGGCCAAGGCGGCCAAGGAGCUUGCGGCGGAUCCGCUCUUUGCGAUAGUGCAGCCCAAGGUGCCGUUUGGCGUGGAUCCCAAGACGGUCACGUGUGCCUUUUGGAAGGCCGGGCGGUGCGACAAGGGCACCAAGUGCAAGUACGGCCACAGCAACGAUGCCGGACGCAAGACGGAGAAGAAGGAUCUGUACGUCGACAUGCGCGACGAGAACGAGGACAAGAAGAACGACACCAUGGACAAGUGGGACGAUGCCAAGCUCAACGACGUCAUCAUGUCCAAGCACGGCAACCCACGCGCGACCACGGACAAGGUGUGCAAGUUCUUCCUGCAGGCCGUCGAGGAUGGCAAGUACGGCUGGUUCUGGGAAUGUCCCAACGGAGGUGAAAAGUGCAUGUACCGUCAUCGUCUGCCACCAGGGUUCGUGCUCAAGUCGCAAAAGAAGGAGCUCGAGGCGCUCGAAAAGGCCAACGAGAUCUCGCUCGAGGACUUCCUUGAAACGGAACGCCACAAGCUUGGAUCCAACCUCACGCCCGUCACCGCCGAGUCGUUCGCCAAAUGGAAGAAGGAGAGGAUGGACAAGAAGACGGCCGAACAAGAGAUGCUCAAGAAGAAGAAGGAGGCUCAGGCGGCUGCCAACAAGAUGGCCGGUCUGUCCGGCAGGGAGAUGUUCUCGCUCAAUCCCGACAUGUUUGUCGAUGACGACGAUGACGACGACGACGGAGAGUUCGACCUCAACCAGUACAUCACCAAGGACUGGGAACAGGGCCGACAGGACGACGACGCACAACAAGGCAUCUCGGAAGACGAAGACGAUGCCGGUACAGCCGCCAACGGCAUCCGGAACAUGGCCGUCUAA